UUAGGGUAAGGGGAAUUUGCCCUAUGGAGCAGGGAUUGUUGAGCCCGAAUGGUGAGUAUGAUCUGGCCGAUAUCUACAAAGACUGGAACCUCGGUCGCAACUGGAUUAUGUGGCGCCAGUUUUUGAUGAAUCACCUCUGUCAUGGCUUCACUGCAUAUGGGUUUUAUAUGGCUACCAUACAUUGGCCCCCUCAGCGAUCUGAAGAGGUAUCUGCAACGAUUGCAACCUUUGCUUUCAUAGGGGCCGGGUUCUUCUCAGCGCUUAUGUAUAUUUUCUUUGGUCGAAAGAAAACUAUCACAUACGGUUUUCUUGUUGGGGGCAUCAGCGGUGUGUGUUCCUUAAUCACCACAAAUCAAUGGGUGAUGCUUCUGCUGCUGGCGAUAUCAUGCUGUGGACUUUUCACUCCUUUCAUGCAACCAAUUCCUGACGACUGGUAUGAUGGGGUUGGAGUGUUCGCGUCCAUCGUGAUUUCCAUCGUGUGGAUGUUGGUCUACGUGGGUUCUUAUAGUCUGGCCCUUGCGGCUCCACCGCUAGCAUGGCAAGUACAAGCCCUUGUACUUGUGGGAUCAAUUUUCUACGCAGGGCUGCUUCAUCGCUACAUGUUACAGUCUCCACGCGAACCUCUAUGGGGUUAUUGUGUUGGUUUUCCAGCAAUGGAUUUGGAAGAGGUUGAUGUUCACAAACAGCUUGCUGUGAUGCAAGACAAGGCCAUUCAAGCUUUGAGGGUGUUUGCUGAAGCAACAGGGAAUGCUUUACCCAAGAAUUUGAGGAGCCUCAAGAAACCUCCGCACAUCAAUAGUUACCUCCGCAGAUAUGGUUAGCUCAUUGGUUAUAAUUUAUUUUAAGAAAGCCGUCCUUCUAUUUGAUUGAUGUUUCCUACGGACAAAAUUGUAAUUUCUUAAAGGGAAAAAACUAUAUAAAGCUGGCAAAUAUCCUCUCGGUCAAA